AUGAUAAUUGUAAUCAUGAUAUCACAAAAAAGUUAUUACAAAUUGGUGGAUACUGGUAGUAUGGAGGUGGUGGUGGUGGGAUUUGUAAUGACUAGAAGUGGAGGCAUUAAUAAUGAAUAUAGAAGCCUACAAAUUGAUUUAUCAACAGGUUUUUAUUUUAAUGAGGACAAUGCCAGAGGUAAAUUGACCAACGACGAUUUAAAGAUCCUUAAUAAUGUGACCGACAGUGAUCAAUUCAAAACCAUGGAUCCUAAAUAUGUUGCACAGUUGCCAUCCAUCAAUUCCUACCGAUAUGUCAUUUCAGCAGAAGAGAAAAAGGUUGGAGUCACUUUUGAUACAUCUGCCAACUAUCCAAGACUCAUCGAUCCUUUGGUAACAAUUUUUGAAAGAUAUAGUUCUUAA